UCAAUCCAUCCAUCAUCACAUUGAUUGAAAUUAGUAUGAAUGAGAUCAUGAGGAGCGGAGGAGAGCUCCCAUUUCAUCCCAUUUCGGCGGAGGUGGUGUCCUUGCUGAGGCUGAGGCUGAGACAGUGCUCCAACCUCAAACACAUAGAGCAAGCUCAUGGAUUUAUGGUAGCCGGAGGCCUUCAUCAGGACAACCGAACCCUUCCCCGAUUCAUCCAGGCCUGCUCUUCUCUUGGCUUCUCAGAUUACGCCUAUUCCGUCUUCACCCGCACCCAUGGCCAGCCAAGCAUUUAUCUCUAUAACACCAUCAUCAAGGCCAAGGCUCUCUCUCCCUCUCCCUCCCACGCCAUCUCUCUUUACAACAGAAUCCAACUCGCCGCCUUGCGCCCUGACACCUACUCCUUCCCUUUUGUGCUCAAGGCCGUCGUUCGCUUGGCUCCACCUCAAGUUCAACGACUGGUGGGCGCACAGAUUCACUGUCAUAUCAUAGGAAUUGGCUUUGACAUGGAUGCAAGCGUCCUCACUGCCCUCAUUCAUAUGUAUUCCUCUUGUGGAUGUGUUUCCGACGCCCGCACACUGUUUGACGGAGCUGCUGCGUUUGCCUUUGCCUUUAGGGAUGUCGCCCUCUGGAACGCAAUGAUUGCAGGAUAUGCCAAGGCAGGUGAUGUCGACAAUGCCCGCCAUUUGUUCGAACUUAUGCCCCCUAGGAUUAGGAAUGUCAUUUCUUGGACUGCCCUGAUUGCCGGAUAUGCUCAGGUGAACUGCCCCCACGAGGCCAUCACAGUCUUCCGGAGAAUGCAGCUUGAGAAUGUUCAGCCUGAUGAGAUAUCCAUGUUAGCCGCACUCUCUGCAUGUGCCCAUUUAGGGGCUCUCCAUUUGGGGGAGUGGAUCCAUAACUAUAUUGAGAAGCAUGAAUUUCGUAAGCUGGUUUCUCUCAAUAACGCACUUAUUGACAUGUAUGCCAAGUCAGGCAACAUAACAAAAGCCCUUCAAGUUUUUGAAAAUACUAAAUGUAAAACUGUCGUAACUUGGACGACCAUGAUUGCUGGACUGGCUUUGCAUGGUCUCGGAAGAGAAGCCCUUGAAAUGUUUGCUCAAAUGGAAAGGGUUAAAAUCAAGCCUAACGAUAUCACUUUCAUUGCCAUCCUUUCUGCUUGUAGCCAUGGUCGAUUGGUUGAGAUAGGCUUUUGGUAUUUUAGCAUCAUGGUUUCCAAGUAUAGGAUUAAACCCAAAAUUGUGCACUAUGGCUGCAUGAUAGAUCUACUCGCGCGUGCCGGUUAUCUUCAAGAGGCACACGAAUUGGUUAGACAGAUGCCAUUUGAAGCAAACGCAGCUAUAUGGGGUUCUCUUCUUGCCGCUUCUAAUAUUCAUGGGGAUGCGGAGCUUGGACAACAUGCUUUGCAACAUCUAAUAAUGCUAGAGCCCCAUAAUGGUGGAAAUUAUGCACUUUUGUCUAAUGUAUAUGGUUCUCUGGGUAGGUGGAAUGAAUCGGGCAUGCUAAGGAAAGUUAUGAGGGACACAGGUGUGAAGAAGACUCCAGGAAGGAGUUCCAUAGAAGUGAAUAACAGAGUUCAUGAAUUCAUUGCAGGAGACAAAUCCCACUUUGAAUGCACUAGGAUAUAUGAAGUCCUGUAUAAGAUUUUCAGGCAGUUGAAGCUGGCUGGGCAUCUGCAACAAGAUUUUGGGGAGCUGCUUGAAUUUGCUGAAUAGCCAUUAGCCAGGAUUUGAUAAUCCAAUUCUUCCAACGUCCAGUUUAACCAGAUCUGAAAUCUCCUUGGCAUCACCGUAUCUCUACCAGGGUUUCAUCAACAAGCAGGGAAUCUCACUUUCUCUUCAAAAGUUAGGUGUUCGGGUCCAGAUUUUCUUCUGCUGCAAAUAAUUGAUCAUUGCAACUUCCUUCUGCCUCUCUUCCUGAUUUCAAUUUCUUCCAGUCAUUAUUAAGGCACCGGAGUUCACAAUUUAUAAUAGAAACAAAAUCAGCUUUUUGCAUAAGCUGAGGUUCCUAUGAGGCACUUGGAUUCAUGCAGCAAGCUAACCAGGGAAAAAAACAUUUGAAAAAAAAAGAAAAACACUCCUAGUAGUGGUCAGUACAAAGCCUUGGAACUAAUUAUCAUAUGCAGUCAUAUUUUCAGGCAUACUAUAAGUCAGGCAACCACAAGACACCAAAAGCUUAAGCGCUUUAGGGAAUGGACCAACAAUGUAUAUGUUAAGCUAGCUUCCUUCACAUGUAGGCUUGCAGAGGUAGAUAAAUGCAGAUAGAGAGAAGUGUAGAGGUGCAGCCCGAUCAUGUACCUUGCAAAUCAGUGGAGAAGUGGGGGAAUGGAGAUUGGAGGUUUCGAACUCAAGGCCUCCUACAACCAGAGCUAUGAUUUCUAUUAGACAACCACUGGUGGAAAGAAAGCCAAGGUUUUCUGGGAUGCAAUGUGUUAACCCUCUCUCUGCUAUUGGGUUACAUGGAACAACUUUGAAGGUUUUAGUGGACUAAACGGAGGAGGAGCCUAGGAAAAAGAUCAGAUUCUGGUCAUCUUAUGGACUUCUGUUUCUACGUAAUCUAAGCGACUCGUCUCUCUGCUAUUCUUAUGGAUUGAAAGGCUGCAGGCCAUUAUAGCUAGGAGUGUAGGGGGUCCUGGUAUCCAAAUUGUUAUAUUUUUUGUUUGAUAGUCCUAUCCAUUCUCAUUUUCAUUUCGUGUACAUUUAAGUGGACUCCUUUUUGUUAGUAUUAAUAGAAUUUUGUAUUUUCUCAAUAAAACAGAAAUAUUAAACAACCACUGAGACCUCAAAAGGCUUAAGCUAUUCUGGACUGGGCCAAGAAUGUAUAUCAAGUUAAUAUCUGUUAUUGCUCAAAUUGAGUAUAUUUAUGGU